AUCUAUUGCAAUUUUACUUUAGUAAGUGACCGGUGUUUUGCAAUAAAAGAGUAAUUUUAAAUUAAUCAUGAUCUAUCCUACAUGGAUCAAUCAGUUUUAUUCAGUAUUUUUUAUAGUUGGAUCUUUUAUCACUUACGUUCAAUCUGAUGUGCCGAGACCCCGCGGUGUAUCCCUUUCGAAAGCACCGCUAUAUUCGCCGACAAAAGAUUUCACCUGUUUCGACGGAACAAUUACUAUACCUUUCAGCUAUGUGAACGAUGACUACUGCGAUUGUUUCGAUGGCAGUGAUGAGCCCGGUACCUCAGCCUGUCUGAAUGGCUUUUUCCAUUGUACAAACGCCGGUCAUCGACCGCUAAACAUACCAAGUUCUAGAGUCAACGAUGGUGUUUGCGACUGUUGUGACGGUACCGACGAGUACGCAUCUGGUGAAACAUGUGUGAACUCUUGUGAAGAACUAGGCCGAGAGGCGAGAGCUGAAGCUCAACGCAUGGCUGAGCUGUACAAAGCAGGUAGUCAUCUAAGGUUAGAGCUUAUAGAAAAAGGAAAUGCUAAGCGAAAUGAAAUGGCAGAACAGUUGCAACAACUAGAAAAAGACAAAGCUGAGGCUGUGCAAUUGAAGGAUGAGAAAGAGAACCUUAAAAAUAUGCUGGAAGCUAAAGAGAAUGAAGCUCUGAAAGUUUAUAGAGAAGCUGAAGAGCAAGAAAAACAAAGAAAAGCAGAGGAGGAGAAGCAAAAGUCCAUAAAAGAAGCAUUAGAGCACUUCAAUAAAUAUGAUACUAAUCAUGAUGAUGUGUUGACAAUGGAUGAAAUAAUUGCAGCCCAAGUCUUUGACAAAGAUCAUAAUGGUAACCUUGAAUCAGAAGAACUUACAUAUUUCUUUGGAGAGAAUGAGAGUGUAGACAAGGAAACCUUUGUAACUACAACAUGGUCAUUGUUGAAACCAUUAUUGAUGGUCAAGGAUGGAUUAUUUAAGCCAGUUGAAGAACAUGAAGAGCUAGAACAAGAGGAUGCUGAUGAAGCAGCUGGUGAUCUUGACACUGAAUAUCCUGGACAAGAUGAUGAAGCCAGUGAUUUAGACCUUCCUCAAGAUGAUACUGAAGAACAAGAAGCUGAAGCUGAAGCGGAACAUGGAAAUGUUUAUGAUGAGGAAACUCAAAAGUUAGUUGAUGAGGCCACUGAAGCUCGCCGCCAACAUACAGAUGCUGAACGCACUGUUAGAGAAAUAGAAGCUAAUAUUAGGAAAAUUCAACAAAAUCUGGAGAAAGACUAUGGCUUACAGCAAGAAUUUGCCACUCUAGAUGGGGAAUGUUGGGAAUAUGAGGAUAAGGAGUAUGUAUACAAAUUGUGUGUUUUCCAAAAAGUAACACAAAAAUCCAAGAAUGGUGGUGCAGAAGUUGGGCUUGGAAACUGGGGUGAAUGGGCUGGUGGAGAUCAGAAUAAAUAUGCCAUAAUGAAAUAUACUAAUGGAGUAUCCUGCUGGAACGGGCCUAGCCGAAUGACAACAGUACAUAUCAGUUGUGGCUUGGAAACAAAACUCUUAUCUGUCACAGAACCUUUCCGCUGUGAAUACAAAAUGGAGUUAAGCACACCUGCAGCCUGUGAUGAAUCCAGUCCUUCUGCACAGCAUUCAUCACAUGAUGAACUUUAAUAAUUUUAGUGUUUUAAUUUUCGCACUUGUAUGUGAUGUGUUUAACACUAAG